CGGUGGCGCCUUUCCGCCUCGCCUUUUCCUCCCCGACCCCGGUCCGGGUUGUCCUCCGGGCGCGAGCUGGUGGGGCGGGCGCUGGAAGCCCCUCUGCGCCCGGGAGCGCAGGGCGCAGGGGAUCCGGGGCGCGGGGCCGAUCUCGCGCCCUCCGAUGGCUGCAGCCGCCCCGCGCGCCCCGGAGCCAGGCAGCGGCUGAGCGGGGGAGUGCCCGCGUCCGGAGAUCGGGAUGUCCCUCCUUCCUCUCUUGCUAGUUUCCUACUGUGUUGGAACCUUCGGGACCCACACUGAGAUCAAGAGAGUGGCAGAGGAAAAGGUCACUUUGCCCUGUCACCAUCAACUGGGGCUCCCAGAAAAAGACACCCUGGAUAUUGAAUGGCUGCUCACCGAUAAUGAAGGGAACCAAAAAGUGGUGAUCACGUACUCCAGUCGUCAUGUCUACAAUAACUUGACUGAGGAACAGAAAGGCCGAGUGGCCUUUGCUUCCAAUUUCCUGGCAGGAGAUGCUUCCCUGCAGAUUGAGCCUCUGAAGCCCAGUGAUGAGGGCCGGUACACCUGCAAGGUGAAGAAUUCAGGGCGUUAUGUGUGGAGCCAUGUCAUCUUAAAAGUCUUAGUGAGACCAUCCAAGCCCAAGUGUGAGUUGGAAGGAGAGCUGACGGAAGGAAGUGACCUGACUUUGCAGUGUGAGUCAUCCUCUGGCACAAAGCCCAUUGUGUAUUACUGGCAGCGAAUCCGGGAGAAAGAAGGGGAGGAUGAACAUCUGCCUCCCAAAUCUAGGAUUGACUACAACAACCCUGGACGAGUUCUGCUGCAGAAUCUUACCAUGUCUUCCUCUGGACUCUAUCAGUGCACAGCAGGCAAUGAGGCUGGGAAGGAAAGCUGUGUGGUGCGAGUGACUGUACAGUAUGUACAAAGCAUCGGCAUGGUUGCAGGAGCAGUAACAGGCGUAGUGGCUGGAGCCCUGCUGAUUUUCCUCUUGGUGUGGCUGCUAAUCCGAAGGAAAGACAAAGAAAGAUAUGAGGAAGAAGAGAGACCUAAUGAAAUUCGAGAAGAUGCUGAAGCACCAAAAGCCCGCCUUGUGAAACCUAGCUCCUCUUCCUCAGGCUCUCGGAGCUCACACUCUGGUUCUGCCUCUACUCGCUCCACGGCAAAUAGUGCCUCCCGCAGCCAGCGGACACUGUCAACCGAAGCAGCACCCCAGCCAGGACUGUCCACCCAGGCAUACAGCCUAGUGGGGGCAGAGGUGAGAAGUUCUGAGCCAAAGAAAGUCCACCAUGCCACUCUGACCAAAGCAGAAACAACACCCAGCAUGAUCCCCAGCCACAGCAGAGCCUUCCAAGCUUUCUGAACUAGAAUGGACUUGACUCCAAUGCUUUCCCAGGAGUUGGGGUCUUAGGACUCUUCUAGUCACUGGAGCUCAGACACCAGCCACACAACCCCCUCCAACCA